AUGGAAAUAAAAAGAUACUUAAGCAGAAGGGGCUAUCGGCGUCUCGACUACGGCACAACCACCACCGGUCAACGGAAGAAGAUGCAGAUCAUACGGAUGAGAGGUCCACAUAGAGAUUGGAGGAUCAGAACAAGUCCAAAGCUAAGAUGGAUGAUAAAAUCACCAUUGAAGUUGGUGACAAAGGUUAAGAAUAUUUAUAUGAAUUUUAUGUUGAAGUUGGCUGGUAAUGUUGGAGGGGCAUUGAACACUGAUAACAAGUUUGGUGUGAAAAGGACUCCAAAGGCUCGUCAAGUGUCUUCUAAAGGUUAUUCUGGUGAUGCAUUUGAGGCCAGGCUUAUAUUUGAGAUUUCCAAGACUUUGGUUGCUUCGCACGAACUAUAUUCCAUAUGA